GGCAGGUGGCUACCAUAUUGAGCCUCUCAGGACUAGGUCUUGAGGAGCCUUUUUUAAAUCCUAAGGAGUUAGGACUUUUUUCCCCAGUGAAAGAGAAGAAUUGGGGUGGGGAGUUCCUCUGUGUUUGGAAAGAUCAUGCUCGUGUAGAAGUGUUGGGCCUUGUUGAGUCCCAGAACCCUGAAACUUGACAUCUUACCAGCCCUUUCCUAGGGUCUGUGAUGGUGGCAACUCAGCAACCAAGCCGACCUAAAUCUUCGCCACCCCCCACCCAGAGAGCACUCAUUCUGGAGGGGAAGACACAUGAACAAGAGAAAUGCACACACACACACACACACAGGACAGGAUAAGAGUGGGCCCCACACUGGAAUCCCAGUUCCACAUUUUACUCACCGUAGGCAAGAUACUGAGCCUUUCUUUCUUGCCUUUAAAAUGUCACCAUUAAGCUGCCUACUAUGCUAUUAGGAGGACUCAGUAUUUGCAAAGCAUUUGGAGCAGGGGCUGGCACAUAAUAAGCAGCUGUGUAGGCACUUUAAUGAAGUAAAUGCUAAGGAGACAAACUGGAAAGGAGGUGGGUGGGAACUGGAUGGGCGCCAUCACUGCUUCCUGAGAAGACCGCACUGGAGUAAGACCUGAAGGGGUUGGAAAGUGAGCCAACCAGAGGGAGCAGCCAGGUCAGAGGCCAGAGAGCGCCUAGCAUUUGGAAGCCCCUCAGGGACACAACGUGGCUGGAAGGCAGUGGAAAGGGGAGAGCAGAGCAGGGGGCCAGAGCCUGUGGAGGACUCCGGAGGUCAGAGGAAGGCCUUUGACUUUAAGGGGGCCACAGGAGGAUUUUGAGUACAGGUGUAAUGAGAUCAGGCUCUGAGUGGAGGAGUGAGUGGUGAGCACCGCAGAGGAAGAAUCUGUGCCUGAGGGCGUGGGGGAGACAUGGCAAGUCUCCCAGGGAGGCAGAGGGAGAGGAGAGAGCACCUGAAACCGGAACCUAGCCUUGGGGAAGUGACCAAGAAAAGGAAGAGGUUUUAGAAAAGUGGAAGGAAUCCACAGGAAAUUGGAUCUGAAGUUGAAGUGGAGGCCAGGUCAGGCACCACUCUCUUUUCUUGAUUUGGGGAGGUUGGGGGACUUGAGAUGAGCUCUGCAGGGGAGGACAGGGUGGGGAUGGCAGUUUAGAAGUUCAGUUACAGAAAUGCUUCACGGUCUGUGCAGCUUCGGUGGUGGCGUCUUGGUGUUGCAGGUGUAUGUUGUAGCUCAGAAGAGCCGGUGGAGAAAGCGUCGUGUUAUCAGAUAAGUGCCGCGUAUUGAGGCUGAUCAGGAACAGUGAUAAGUUAGAAGGGAACGGACAGAACCUGGAGAGGGCCAGGGCAGACAGGAGUGGCAGAGCACCAGGAGAUUCAGGAGGGUCCGGAGCAGGAUUCAAGAGCUUCAAAGCAGACUAGAGAAGAUUGAAGUCUUGGGAGACCUGAAGGGGUAAACCAGUGCCCCAGAUCAAGAAAAGAAAGACUUGGAAACACCCGCUGGCUUCAGCAGCCUGGUAGGAGGACCUGGCUGGAAGCCGCUGGCCUCUUUGUGUAGUGUGGGGGCUGGAGGAGGAGCGAGAGUGUGCAAGGGUCUGAGAACCAAGUGUGGAAGAGCAGCUGUGCGGCACUUUGUAAUGAAAGGGAAGUGCAGUAGAUGUCUGGAAAAUGAAAGGUUAUUUCCAAUCCCAUUCACUCAUCAUUCUGCCUACCUCCUACCUCCCCAAAUUCCCCCUACAUUCUCUACAACAAGGCUUUAAGAUCUAUUUGAUAACCCAAUAUUUUGUGGUCCCAGAGAUCCUUAGGACUCCCUAGUGCCAAGACUGUUAUUGCCUCUUGAUUUAGUCCUACAUCCCCAACAGCAUGAAAUUAGAAGUAUGUUGCUCAAAAUAAACACUUCCAACCACUCAGCAUCAGGGUCACGGAUCAGAUUCUGUUGGGUGGAUUGAAGUGUGCACUUAAUGGAGAGCAUAGACGCUUCCUUUGAUGGCACCGCCUUUUUCUCAUUUCUGGAACAGAAGGGCGCUAACUCCGCGAGGACCCCAGCACUGUCUGUGUGUGUGUGAGCAGUGCCGACUCCCACAGCGUUGCCUCCUUGCUGGCCUUUCGGCAUGGGGAGGAUCGGCAUCUCCUGCCUUUUUCCUGCUUCUUGGCAUUUUAGCAUCUCUCCAGUAGGUUGUCCUCGAAUUCUGAAUACCAAUUUACGUCAAAUUAUUGUCCUUAGCAUCCUGGCUGCUUCUGUCUCACUUUUAUACUUUUCUGUCAUCAUAAUCCGAAAUAAGUAUGGGCGGCUAUCCAGAGACAAGAAACUUCAAAGGUACUUGGCGCGAGUCACAGACAUCGAAGCUACCGACACCAGUAAUCCCAAUGUGAACUACGGAAUCGUGGUGGACUGUGGUAGCAGUGGAUCUCGGAUCUUUGUGUAUUGCUGGCCCCGGCAUAAUGGCAAUCCUCGGGAUCUGCUGGAUAUCAGGCAAAUGAGGGAUAAAAACCGAAAGCCCGUGGUGAUGAAAAUUAAACCAGGCAUCUCAGAAUUUGCUACCUCUCCAGAGAAAGUCAGUGAUUACAUUUCACCACUUUUGAAGUUUGCUGCAGAGCAUGUGCCGCGGGCAAAACACAAAGAGACACCGCUCUACAUUCUCUGCACUGCUGGGAUGAGAGUCCUUCCUGAAAGCCAGCAGAAAGCCAUUCUGGAGGACCUCCUAACUGACAUCCCAGUGCACUUUGACUUCCUGUUCUCUGACUCACAUGCUGAAGUCAUUUCUGGGAAACAAGAAGGUGUAUAUGCAUGGAUCGGCAUUAAUUUCGUCCUUGGACGAUUUGAGCAUGUUGAAGAAGAUGAUGAGGCACUUGUGGAAGUGAGCAUUCCUGGUAGUGAGAACAGCAAGGCCAUCAUCCGGAAAAGAACAGCUGGCAUUCUUGACAUGGGAGGCGUGUCAACCCAGAUAGCGUAUGAAGUCCCCGAAACUGUAAGCUUUGCCUCCUCACAGCAGGAGGAAGUAGCUAAAAACUUGUUAGCCGAGUUUAACUUAGGAUGUGACGUUCACCAUACUGAGCAUGUGUAUCGUGUCUAUGUGGCCACAUUUCUUGGGUUUGGUGGCAAUGCUGCUCGACAGAGAUAUGAAGACAGAAUAUUUGCCAACACAGUUCAAAAGAACAGGCUUCUUGGUAAACAGACUGGUCUGACUCCUGAUGCUCCAUAUCUGGACCCCUGCUUGCCCCUUGACAUUAAAGAUGAAAUCCAGCAAAAUGGGCAGACGAUGUACCUACGGGGAACAGGCGACUUUGACCUAUGUCGAGAAAUCCUCCAGCCAUUCAUGAACAAAACCAAUGAGACGCAGACCUCCCUCAAUGGGGUCUACCAGCCCCCGAUUCACUUCCAGAACAGUGAAUUCUAUGGCUUUUCUGAAUUCUACUAUUGCACUGAAGAUGUGUUACGAAUGGGGGGAGACUACAAUGCUGCUAAAUUCACUAAAGCUGCAAAGGAUUAUUGUGCAACUAAGUGGUCCAUCUUGAGGGAUCGCUUUGACCGUGGACUCUAUGCCUCUCAUGCUGACCUCCAUCGGCUUAAGUAUCAGUGCUUCAAAUCAGCCUGGAUGUUUGAGGUGUUCCACGGGGGCUUCUCGUUUCCUGUUGGCUAUAAAAACCUAAAGACGGCCUUGCAGGUGUAUGACAAGGAAGUGCAGUGGACCCUGGGGGCCAUCCUUUAUAGGACCCGCUUUUUACCAUUGAGAGACAUCCAGCAAGAUGUCUUCCGGGCCAGUCACGCGCACUGGCGGGGCGUCUCCUUUGUCUACAACCACUACCUGUUCUCUGGCUGCUUCCUGGUGGUCCUGCUCUCCAUCCUCCUCUACCUGCUACGACUGCGCCGCAUCCACCGCCGCUCACCCCGCCACAGCUCGGCCGCGGCACUCUGGAUGGAGGAAGGCCUGCCCUCCCAGAAGGUUGCCGGCACCUUGUGAGCCCAGGCACACAGCCAUGCAAGACUCUCUACAGGAAAAGCCAUUUUUGCCUCAGGGUUUCUCCUCUGUGUUCUCAGAUGAUUUUCUUUUUCCUCUCCCUUUUUGUUCUUUAAAACAAAAUCCAUUGUGUGUCAGCCCUGCUGUCUAGAAGCAUUGCCUUUAGCCGUUUUGAAUACAGCUUUAACUGAGGGUGGAGAAAAGGGAAACUCACCUGAUUUUUGCUGCAUAGGGUGUCUGCCAAAACUUGUUGAGAUUUGUGGGUUUUCUUAAAGGUAUGUUAAAUUUUCAACAAAUGCACUUUGACGUUGGAGGGAAGUGGGAAAGAUGCUUUCUGUCAGUCAGUGGAGAUAUGACUGAAGAGUGACACUUGUACAGAACCCAGAAGGCAAAUGAUAGCCCUCUGAUUUUUUGAAAGCUCCAACCUGAAGAGGGGUGAGAUUUAUUUUUUAUUCAUUGUUCAGGUCUGCCACGGUGCGUUUUCUUUGCAGGUUUAAAAAUGCAAAACCAUUCAUGUCCAAAAUAGAUAAAAAAUAAGCACCAGGAGGAAACCAUUUAUAAAGCUGACAGUGAAAGAUGUGCACUGUAGACAAGAGUGUUGUGUGUGAACGCUGGGUCCCUGAGAGAGGGACUGUGGGGCCCGCUUCUGCGGGGACACACGCCUCUGCACUGGCUGCUUCCUGGCAGUUGAUCAGGAAGUGCCCCCUUGCUGUUUCCUCUUCCUGACUGUAGGUAACUGUGUACGUCAUCCCACCUUUCAGCAUCCUUAGAACACUUUAGUUUUGACAGAAUUGGAGAAUUCAUAAAAUUUCACUGAUUUUAAUUAAGCUUCAUUAGAACGAGAGCUGGUGUCUAUCUCGGUGCAUCAGCAUCUCGUAGGGGUAUGUUUUUGCUUAUUUGUGCAGUUUCUUCCAACCUCAAGUUGGUCUUACCCUCUUCCCCCAUUAAAAGCUGUCUCAGCAGUUUUAUUUGGGAGACCCAUGCUUAGAGCUGCAACCGUGGUUGGCAUGCCAGAGUAAAUCCAGGCCAAGGAAAAAUCUGAAUUUAAUACAAGAAAUAAACUCACAUUUUGAAGAAAGCAAAUUUGACACUUUAAGCAAAAAUCUAAAAAUGACAACUGGAUUGGCAAAUGUAAGAUUGGCUGCCUUUUACCUAUUUUUUAGUUUAGAAAUUUUGGAAAUUCUCAUCGUUUUUUUAAGAAGUUCUUUUUGUGGGAGUGUGUGUUUGUACAUUUGUGGACCCUAAAACAGUUAAAUUAAUAUAAUUGGUAGCAGUUGUGUACUCUUGAGAACCAUUAGCUGUUUAUUAGAAAAUCAUUGAUUAAAGAAACAAUUCAAAUUCUGAAGCCCUGUUUAACCUAGAAAAAGAAGUUGGAGUUUAUUUUGUUUGAUUACUAAUAACAAGACAUACUACCUAUUGAUGUCUUAAAAGAUUACAAAUUUGUGAAAGAAAUGUGAAUUUUUUAUUCUCUUCAACGUGAAUAUUCUAACAAAGAAGGAAGUUAUUGCUGGAACGUUAGAGGAGGCAUAUAGGGUUACAGCAUCUGCAGUGCUGGCCACCAGCCACUUCAGUCCAGCGCAGUCGAGCCUUCCGUUAACACCCCAGGAGUACCCUGAGCUGUGCAGCUCUUUGAAUCUGUAGCCUGAGGACCCUGGUGGUGUCAGUGAGCAAGAGGAAGUGCAAUUACACUUUAACUUCUCGUUAAUGCCAGCCGGUUGGAAUAGCAGGGCCCUACCCUGUAGAAUUAAAUCUAUGGUGUGUGGUUUUUGCCUUUAAAUCAAGACAAGGAGAAGCUAGCACAGGAAUAGAUUUAUAUAAUCCUUCAUUAAAACUAAUCCCUUAAAUAGACACUGUUUAAACCUUGCAAUCCCAGCAACCUAGGAGGCUGAGGCAGGAGAAUUCCAAGUGUGAGGCCAGCCUGGGCAGCUGAGUGAGGCCCUGUCUUGCAGCAAAAGAAAAAUGGCAGAGUGUCUCCCGGGUUUAAUCCAGGGUUGCUAAAUAAAUAAAUAAGCAAUCAACCCCUCUUUAAAUAAAGAUGUCACGUUAGUCCAACUCUGCAUUUUGGGGGACAGAAUAGACACACAGAAGAGCCCUGAUUUCACCCACUCAAAAGAACCUACCUCAUUCUCCAAAGCAAGUCCCCAGAGGAGGGCUCCACAGUCCGCACUACCUGUACCUGGUAGGCAUCCACGCUCCUCCCACAGCCCCCUGGAGCAGCUAGGCAAACUUGCCAGUCCAGAAGACCCUGGAGCUAAGUUGGUUUUUCAGUUUUUAAAGAGGUAUUAAAAACAAAAAAAGUUGAAAAAUACACAGUAGAAACUAUAUGUGACCUAAAAUAGUUGCUAAAUGACCUCUUACGGGAAAAGUUUGCUGGCCACAUUAGCUUGCAAUCACGGCUACAAAUACCUUAGUUAAUCAGCUUAUACAGAGAAAAGAUGUUUUUGGCUCACAGUUCUUCAGAGACUUCAGUCUCUGAUUGGCUGAUUCUGUUGCAUUGGCCCUAUGUGGAGCAGCAUGUUGCACAUUAUGGUGGAGCAAAAUCUGUCUGCUGACUUCCAACCUGGAGCAAAAGAAAGAGGAAGAGGAGGGGCAGGGGCCCAAGGACACACCCCCAGUAACCAGAAGACCUCCCCCGGGGUCUGCCUUUCAAGAUUGCAUUCCCCAAUAGUGCCAAAGUGGAGACGAAACCUUUAACACUAGCUGUGGCCCUGUGGAGCAAUCUCAUUCUAGAAAGGAAAUAGGCAGCUACCUUUGCAGACAAAAAAGAUGGGCAAAAGAAGUGACCAAGUUUCAACCUUAAAAUACUUGCUUAUAGAAGUUCACUUCUUAUCUUUGCUUCUUAGCUUAUUUUCAAGAUAAGUUUCCUACCAAAUGAGGAAAUCUGCCCUACCCCCAGUUUUUAAAAUAGUGCUGUUCAAGGGAGCUCAGUAUGUUGUGUUGAGAUAACUGCAUCAGAGUCCAGAGUCUUGAGUAGUUUCUUACGGCGAUGUGUAUCAUGGAAGGGAAGAUGGCCACACACUUCCUCUAAGUGAUGCAGGGAUGGGUUAGAGACCAGCAGAGGAGAAGCUUCAGGAGGAGGAGGGCUCCUCUCAGCUCAGGGCUGACCAGGAAGGCAGUGAACUGUACACUUGCAGUAGAAAGCAAAAGAAAUCGAGCUGGGGACUUGCUAAAAGCUUUGUCAAAGCAUCAGAUUCUGUGUUAAAUCUUAGUAGAAAGUCUCCCCAGUAAAAGCUCAUGUUCCAUUAGCCGUAUCAUGUGCUUCUCUUUUUUUGUGCCUCCAAGGAAACAUUCUCACAGACUUCACAAUCCAUUUAAGGACAUCACAGGAAAAGACUCACAUGGAUUUGCACCGGUUAUUUUUGCACAUUUCCCCUCCCCCCAAACUGCUGGCUUUAGUCAGUGCUUACCAGCUCCAGGGGCACAGGACAAAGAUGCUGCUCAUGGCUUAAGGCCAGUGUCCUGAGGGCUCUAAGGACCCUCAAAGCUGAGGUCACUCUCGCCCCUGUCAUCCACACCUCUGCACUCUAGCAUAGCAAACGCUUGAUGAACAGAUAAUUAAAUUUUAAACUCAGGCCUACAUAGUUUUCCUUAUAAGGAGCAUGUAUCACUUAGCAAGAAACUGAAAAAGGCAAAUGUGGUUUUCCAAGCUUUAAAAGAAAAACCAGCUUUAGAAAUCUGUGUGGUAAUGUGCAAUACAGCAAAACUACCUUCGAGUAAUUUAUUUAUUUAUUUCAAUGUUUUGUUUUUUAUGAUAUCGAGUUUCCCUUUCAAAAGUGAAUGAUGUGACCAGACUAGGAGAAUUCUUUGUUCUCUUACCAAAAAUCCUACCUUUAUAGUUAGGAAUGACAAGAACUAGGGAAACCUCUUGAAAUGUCUGUUUAAGUGAGGUUUUCCAUUCAGAGUGAGACCGGGUCCUGGGAGGGGUCAGGGUGUCAGAUCACGUUCUGCGUUUGGUAGCCUUGUCCCACUUGCACAUGGAGGGGUGUUGAUGAUCAAUAAAGUGAAGGUUCGCCCAACAGCCUGUAGGCUGUGUGUGCUUGCUUCUUGUGAUUGAAAUAGAUUUCCCUCUGAUAUUUGAAUUUUUUAACUUGUUAGAAUGAUUGAUCAUAUUUGAGUCUAAGUUCAGUAAAAUAAAUUCAAUCUGACUACA